AAUAAAUAAACUUAAAAAAAAUCCUAUCUCCAAAUAUAGUCACCGUGAGUUAUGGCUUCACAUACAGAUUUGGGGGAACAUAAUCAGUCCUUCACACCAAUCAAAAGUAGGCCGGCAACAGCUGCCCGGGAAGAGGACAAAAACACUGUUGAGGAUGUCAUUGCACACUUCCUGGACACAGUGACGAGAGAGGACCUGCAGCUCCUGCUGACUGAAGAUGGAGCCUGGGAGACCUUCGUGGCUGAGACCGGCUUGUCCAGGGAUGAGGCAGGUGCACUACAGGAAGAUCUGAAAGAGCUUACGACAGACAUGGCUAUAGAGGAGAAAGACGUGCCCCAGGAAGACCUGCAGCAGUGCAAGAGGUUUCUGAGCGAGUUUCCUCGGGUGAAAGCAGACCUCGAGGAGCGCAUAGAAAAGCUCCGUGCCCUUGCAGACAAGAUUGACAAGGUGCACAGGGACUGUACCAUAUCCAACUUGGUGACCAACACCGCUGGUGCUCUCUCUGGCAUCCUGAGCAUCCUUGGCCUGGCUCUGGCACCUGUGACCGCAGGAACCAGUCUGGCGCUCUCGGCAACCGGGAUGGGGCUGGGCGCAGUGGCAGCUGCGACCGGAGUUUCUACCAGCAUUGUGGAGCAUGUGAACAUGGUGUCAGCAAACGCUGAAGCCAGCCGCCUAAUGGCAACCCGCUGUGCUGAGGAGCAGGUGGUCACAGACGUGAAGGAGAGCACACUCAGAGUCCUCUCUUUAGCCAAUCAUUUCAAAGAAGUCCUGGAAGGCAUGGAAAAGAACAUCAAUGCCAUCAGUCUAGCCAAAGCCAACCCUCGGUUGGUGGCCAAAGCCAAGCGCUUCAUGACCAGUGGGAGAAUCUCAGCCCAAAGCAGUAGGCAGGUGCAGAAAGCCUUCGGAGGCACUGCUCUGGCGAUGGCCAGAGGAGCCCGGAUCAUAGGUGCGGCCACCACAGGUGUCUUCCUCAUGAUGGAUGUGGUCAGCCUCAUGAAAGAUUCCAUACACCUGCAUGAUGGGGCGAAGACUGAGUCAGCAGAGGAGAUGAGGAAGCAGGCUCAGGAGAUGGAGAAGAAGUUGGUGGUGCUCACCUGUAUCCAUGGCCUUCUGCAGCUCCUGGCCAAGGAGAAGACCAUCUCUGCUAAGUAUGCAAAUGAGUGUGAUCGGGCAGAGGCGGAGGCAACGUCACUGGCCCGGGCCCUGGAGGAGGCCAUGGAGCAGAAGGCGGAGCUGGAGCGGCUCAACAAGCAGUUCCGCACGGAGAUGGAGGACCUCAUGAGCUCCAAGGACGAGUUGGGCAAGAGUGUUCAUGAGCUGGAGAAGUCCAAGCGGGCCCUGGAGCAGCAGGUGGAGGAGAUGAAGACCCAAGUGAAGGAGCUGGAGCACAAGCUGCAGGCCACCGAGGAUGCCAAGCUGCGGCUGGAGUUCAACCUGCAGGCCCUGAAGGCCCAGUAUAAGCAGGACCUGAAGGGCUACAAUGAGCAGAGCGAGAAGCAGCAGCAGCAGCUGGUCAGACAGGUGCGGGAGAUGGAGGCAGAGCUGGGGGAUGAGCGCAAGCAGCACUCGUUGGCCAUGGCUGCUCGGAAGAGGCUGGAGAUGGACCUGAAGGAUCUGGAGGCCCACAUCGACACGGCCAACAAGAACCGGGAUGAAGCCAUCAAACAGCUGCGGAAGCUGCAGGCCCAGAUGAAGGACCUCAUGCGCGAGCUGGACGACACACGCGUCUCCCGCGAGGAGAUCCUGGCGCAGGCCAAGGAGAAUGAGAAGAAGCUCAAGAGCAUGGAGGCCGAGAUGAUUCAGCUGCAGGAGGAAUUGGCAGCCUCCGAGAGUGCCAAGAUCCAGGCCCAGCAGGAGGGGGAUGAACUAGCCGACGAGAUCGCCAACAGCAGCGUCAAGGAGGCCAUGGCCCUGGAGGAGAAGUGGCGUCUGGAGGCCCGAAUCGCCCAGCUGGAGGAGGAGCAGGGCAACACGGAGCUGCUGGAGGAGGAGCAGGGCAACACGGAGCUGGUCAAUGACCAGCUCAAGAAGGCCAACCUGCAGAUUGACCAGAUGAACACUGACCUGAACCUGGAGCGCAGCCACGCCCAGAAGAACGAGAAUGCGCGGCAGCAGCUGGAGCGCCAGAACAAGGAGCUCAAGGUCAAGCUGCAGGAGAUGGAGGGCACCGUCAAGUCCAAGUACAAGGCCUCCAUCACCGCCCUGGAGGCCAAGAUCGCCCAGCUGGAGGAGCAGCUGGACAAGGAGACCAAGGAGCGCCAGGCAGCCUGCAAACAGGUGUGCCUUGUUGAGAAGAGGCUGAAGGAUGUGCUGCUGCAGGUGGAGGAUGAACGGAGGAAUUUCAAGGACCAGACUGACGAGGUGUCUACCCGCCUGAAGAAGCUGAAGCAGCAGCUGGAAGAGGCCCAGCAGGCCAAUCCCUCGCGCAGGCAGCUGCAGCGUGAGCUGGAAGACGCCACCAGAACUGCCGACGCCAUGAACUGUGAGGUCAGCUCCCUCAAGAACAAGCUCAGGUGAGCCCCAUCCCUCCCA